AUUAUAACCCUAAGAGUAAAUGACACCUUUAGAUCCCUUUAUUAGAGUGUUGUUAUCGAGUCGAGCUAUAGCGAAACUAGUAUGUGCAAGAAUUUGUAUAUGAAUAUAGAAUCACACAUGAAUAUGGUAUUUGUAGAACUUGUACAGUGAUCUGACCACCACGAGAAUAUUAUGUAACCGAUUCCAAAAAAUUUUCUACAUAUUGUUCACAUAUAUAGAUGUACGGUAUCGUUUGCUUGUGGGAUUUGAGUGAUGAAUUUGGUACCCAAAUCCCAAGCAUAAUGGAAUUGGCACAAGUCCAUUGUUCGCUAAGGGACACAAAUCCGUGGGGCCCAAGGAUUUGGACCCAUUUUUUAGAUCCAAAUCCGUGGACCCCACGGAUUUGCAAAUCCCACAUUUCAUUUGGGAUUUGAUAAUGAAAGGCAAAAUGUGAACAAAUCCAUCAUGAAUCUAUGACAAAAAUAAACUACACAAACAAUGUACUCUUCCAAAUCCAUAAUGCAACAAAUCCAUCAUAAAUCCAAAGGUUUUGAAAACUCAAAACCCUCAUUUUCAAAUCCAACAAGCAAACGAGCCUGUAUUAUGAAGUAGUUGGACUCGAGGUUACCAAAGCUCCGAAAGUACACUCAAUUUAUCUAUGAAUUGUAUAGUUAUUUUUUUUUUAAUUUGGACGAGUAACAAGGCUGAUUUGAGUAUUAUGAACCGUUAUGCGAUAUCAAUGUUAUUUUCUCGUGAGAUCCUACUUGCAAUCAAUAAACGAGAUUGUACAUUGCAUGUAUCCUUCUCUUAAUGAUUUAGACAUAAAUGAUGAAGGGGCUUGUACAAUCACAACAAACUGUAUAAUAAAUUAUUGAAUCCUUAACUUUUCUUGGGUAGCAAUUAUAGGUAUUGUUCCUGAUCUUUUGUAUCCCUUGCAAUUACAAACAUGCUCUAAGAAGUCUAUGAUUCCUAAUAGAAUAUGGAUACGAACUCAAUUUGACAAGUGAUAUGUGCGUUUGCUUCCACUUCGAUUCACCAUUUUCAAAUUGUUCAUUAGCUGCAUCAUACAACCGUCAGCCACAUUAUACAAAGAAUAAACAAUCAUUGAAAUGCAACAAUAAUACGAAAAAUGGUACCAACAAUCAAUACGAGCGGAAGGUUAGAUGAAAAUGUGGAAGCAGGGUGCAGGCCGUAGACGUUUGUCUGCUUGCUUGCUGGCUGUUGCCUACUCUGCUGUAAAAGAACAAGAAAACAAAAGAAAAAAUCAAGAGGAGAAAGGGAAGCAAUUCUUUUUUUCUUCUGUUGAAUGUUGAUCCUGUAAAACAGAUUUAUAUAACCGCCUUCAAUGUCAUCACCCUCCAUUUCUCCUCUUCAUCAGCUGCUUCAUCUACUGUACGAAUCUCUGCCUUUUCUUUCCUUUUAGGCCUAUCCUUCUAGCUCAUCCAGAGGCCAAAUUUUCCCCCACUCUGUUUCUCUGUCUCGCCAAAUUCAUUCCAGGCAACUCAGCAGCACUCCCUUUUCUCCCUCUGUUCUUAUCUAUAUCUCCUCUUUCCGUCAACAACCGCGCCGGACCCUGUCUUUUCCUGUUCAAAGUAAUCAUCUUUAUCUCUAACUAUGGCUGCUUCUUCUUCCCCAUGUUCAUAUCUCUAGAGGGUAUGUCCCAAUUUCUUAAGAAUAUAUUAAUUUAUGAGGAUUCUGUUGAGGUUAAUAAUCAAAUGGGCAGUUUAUGUUUCCACGUGAUGCAUACGCGUACAAUGGAAGUUGUUCAAUUACAAUUUGUUUUCUUACUCUUUUCUUGCUGACCUCUAAUUCAGUCCUCGCCCUUUCUUCUUCUUCAACUGUUGCUUUCAACUUUGUUCACCUUAAUUCUUCUAGAGGGUUCGUCUGCAUUUUUAUAAUUUUUGGAAGUUUCACUAGUUGCUCUCCAACUUGGUGGUUGGUUUUUCUGCAUAAAGUUGCCAUCUGGGUUUUCUGGUCUUAUAUGUAAAGGUUCUGGAUUUGCCAUAUUCAAUUGCGGGUUCUUUGAGUUCUGGGAUUAUUAAAGAGGUGCUCUUUUUGGGUUUCUAGCGAAGGAGGUAGUUUGGAGAAGAAAGGGUAGGUAUGUUUUAGAAAGUAGCUCACUUUGGCACUAUUCCUAAUCCUGUCCUAAUUUGCAACUCUUUCAUGAGCACCCGUAAGGUGAUAGAUUGAAGAUGCUGUUGAGUGGAAGAAAAAAAAGGAUAUAAAACGAAAAGCAAAUAGAGAUUAUCAUCUGCUUCAUUACAAUCUCUCUCUUCUGGCUUGAAAAGCUUUUGAGUUCCACUAUUGUAGGAAGUUGGCUCAUUUGAUUUGAUUUGAUCUCCAGCUAUUGGAUUUAAGGUUAAUGUAGCUCUACUACAUCAGUAGUGCUUGUUCUUCUGUUGCCUUCCCUUUUUCUGUUUCAGUUGGGAUUGUUCCAUGUGCCCUUUUCUUCAUUUCCCCAAGUUAGUCCUUAGCAGGUUCUUGGUUGGUCUUGAAUGUGAUCAUCUGCCUUCCUCUGAUCUGUUCCUCUUGUGGCAAUAUUUGGUUAAGCCAGAAAUUAAGCUUACUUCUGGUUGCUCCACUUUCUAUCUAUUUUCCCUGAAUGAUAUCUGAUGGCAAUGGUUCUUCUUCUAGCAUAGUAAUGUCUGAGUCAUAUGAAAUAUUGCCUGGUGCGAACUGGCCUUAUUUGAGUAAUCUCUCUCAUGACUUCGGUUUGUUUCUUGCUUAUAAAUCCAUCAUGGCUAUGUUGUUCUGAGCUAAACUGAGGGGGUUCAAUACUGUUUCUUCUUUCUUCUUCUGAGCUAUAUUUGGAAGCUAUGAAGCUUUACGCUUUUGCUACAUAAAGAUAGCAGAACCUUAUAAUUGAACCGGUUUAAUGCUUUCUCACUACUAAUUUUUAGCAGAAGUGGUCUAGUAUGCCACUUACACUUUGACAUACAUGGCAGGAAGUUCUUAAGAGUUUCAUACUUCAGGCAUUAGGAAGCUGAAUAGGCCAUCCAUAAUGAAUCAGCCUAAAGUGAAGCGUAGAGUGGGUAAGUAUGAAAUGGGAAGAACUAUUGGUGAAGGAACAUUUGCAAAGGUGAAGUUCGCAAGGAAUUCCGAGACAGGGGAACCAGUGGCUCUGAAAAUACUUGAUAAAGAGAAGGUUCUCAAGCACAAGAUGGCUGAACAGAUCAAGCGGGAGGUAGCUACAAUGAAGCUCAUACAGCAUCCAAAUGUGGUUAGAUUAUAUGAGGUGAUGGGAAGCAAGACUAAGAUAUUCAUUGUUAUGGAGUUUGUGACAGGAGGAGAGCUUUUCGACAAAAUUGUGAAUCAUGGACGUAUGAGGGAAGAUGAAGCCAGGAGAUACUUCCAGCAACUUAUUAAUGCAGUUGAUUAUUGUCAUAGCAGGGGUGUCUUUCACCGAGAUCUUAAGCCAGAAAACCUUCUGUUAGAUGCAUAUGGGAACCUCAAGGUGUCAGAUUUUGGUUUAAGUGCACUAUCACAGCAAGUCAGGGACGAUGGCUUGCUUCAUACAACUUGUGGGACACCAAAUUAUGUAGCUCCUGAGGUUCUUAAUGAUAGAGGAUAUGACGGAGCAACUGCAGAUUUGUGGUCCUGUGGCGUGAUACUCUUUGUAUUGCUAGCAGGCUACUUGCCUUUUGACGACUCUAAUCUUAUGAACCUGUAUAAAAAAAUUUCAGCUGCUGAGUUUACUUGCCCGCCUUGGCUGUCUUUACCUGCCAUGCAAUUAAUUGCUAAAAUUUUGAAUCCAAACCCACUUACUCGGAUAACAAUAUCCGAGAUUUUGGAGGAUGAAUGGUUUAGGAAAAAUUAUCAACCUCCCGUGUUCGAGGAGAAAGAGCAGCAACCCAGCUUGGAUGAUGUUGAAGCUGUAUUUAAGGACUCCGAAUUGAAACAGGAACACCAUGUAACCGAGAAGAAGGAGGAACAACCGACUGUUAUGAAUGCGUUUGACUUGAUUUCCAUGUCCAGAGGACUGAAUCUUGAGAAUUUGCUGGACACUGAACAGCCGACGUUCAAAAGGGAAACACGGUUCACUUCCACGAGCUCAGCUAAUGAGAUCAUCCACAAGAUUGAAGAAGCAGCGAAGCCUCUCGGUUUUGAUGUCCAGAAGAAAAACUACAAGAUGAGGCUUGAGAAUGUGAAAGCAGGCCGAAAAGGAAACCUUAACAUCGCAACCGAGAUAUUCCAAGUAGCACCUUCUCUUCACAUGGUGGAAGUGCGGAAAGCAAAAGGUGACACUUUAGAGUUCCACAAGUUCUACAAGAACCUCUCGACAUCCCUCGACGAUGUGGUGUGGAAGACUGAGGAAUGAGAACGACAUGCGAGUAGCGAAGUGAAGCGCAGAGGGAGAGAGCGCUGUAUAAUCACUGCUUUUGCCUUUGCCCCUAGUCUGUCAUUAUUGUACCAAGAGCUAUGUUGUAUCAUCCGUUCUAUAUCUUCAUUCUUUUUUCUUUUUGGCCUCCUUCUUCCUUUUGGGUUUUUGUAUAAUUAGCUUUAGCCAAAUUUGAUAAGGUUUAGGGACAUCUAUGGUUUUCCCCGCUGGGUUUGGCAUCAUCUGUAAGUUAAGAGAGAUGUUGCUUAGCUAGCUUUCUAUAUGCUUAAUGUUUCUCUAGUGUGUCCUCUCAGGACAAUUCACUAAGGCGAUGUUGUAAGUUCUGAGAUUCACUAAGUGCAAUGUGCAAUCUAAGUUCUGAGAUUCACUAACCGGAUCGAAUCGAGAUUGUGUUGGAUUGAUUAGAGUGUAUCCCCUGUUAUAUUUUGUUCUGAAUUGGGUCGAUUUAAGAUAAGAGUUGGAUUGAAUACAUAAGCAAAUUUCGG